UGUAUGUCUGGGCGCAUGCGUCGUCGCUUGGCCUGGGGGCGGAGUGGAGCUCCCCGGUCUUCAGAGCUGGAAGAGGUUUCUGAGCCGCUGAGUUCGUGCGUGUUCGUGAGGAAUGGUACCCUAUCAAAAUUGAGAAUUGACAGUUGGUCUGAGUCAGGACCCCAACUGGUACCCUGCUUCUGCUGGAUGCCCUUUCUAUUUCACCUCAUCCUUCCCUUCUGACCUCUUGCCCGAAGAGGACCAAGACCUGGCCCAGACAGGGAGCCUGAGGGAAUGGCCCCUGGACCCCAGAGACCCCCCUGGCAGGAGUCACUGACAUUCAAGGAUGUGGCUGUGGUCUUCACCCAGGAGGAGUGGUGCCUCUUGGACCAUUCUCGGAAAGAGCUGUACAAGGAGGUGAUGCUGGAAAACUCCCAGAACCUGCUCUCUCUGGGAAUUCCAGUUCUCAGAGAAGAUUUGAUCUCCCAUUUUGAGGAAAAGGAAGCAUCAUGGAUCCUGGAUCAAAUCGACCUGAGGAACUCCUGUCCAGAUGCACAGACAAGGGCUGAAGUGAAUGGGACUACUACAAAGCUAAGCUUUUCCAUGGAAGAAUUUCAUCAGCAAAGAUUCAUGAGUGAUAGUCCCUGUGACUUGAAUUUGAGAGAAAUCUGUGACUUGGAUAUCAAGAUAGAGAAAGAUCUAAACAAUCACUGUGAAUUUGAUAAAGAGAGAAAAGGUUUCGAACAAUAUUCGGUCCUAAUUAAGUGUAAGAAAAUGACCUCAGGAAAUGAGUGUUUCCAGUAUCGUGAAGAUAGGGAAUGCUUUACAGAAAAGGUGGGGCUUAUGCAAUCUUUUGGGAAGCAUCCUGAAAUGCAAAUGCAUCAAAGUAAUCAACGGGAAAUGCCUUUUAGCUUGAGUUCAGACAUCAUUAGACAUCAGAAAAGUUAUACUGGAAAAAUGGUUUAUAUAUUUAAUGAAGAUGGGAAGACCUUCAGCCAAAACUCAAAGCUCAUUGGCCAACAUAAAAUUCACACUGCAGGGAAACCUUAUGAAUGUAAUCAGUGUGGAAAGGCUUUCACAAAUAGGUCCAGUCUUGCUAUACAUGAGAGAAUCCACACUGGAGAGAAACCUUAUGAAUGUACUCAAUGUGGAAAGACUUUCAGAACAAGAUCCAGUCUUAGUGAACAUCAGAGAAUCCACACUGGAGAAAAACCUUACAAAUGCAGUCAAUGUGGAAAAACUUUCAGACAGAGUUCAAGUCUUUAUCUUCAUCAAAGAAUCCACACAGGAGAGAAAACUUAUGAAUGUAAUCAGUGUGGAAAGACUUUCACAAAAAGGUCCACUCUUGCUAACCAUCUGAGAAUCCACACUGGAGAGAAACCUUAUGAAUGUACUCAAUGUGGAAAGACUUUCAGAACGAGAUCGAGCCUUAGUGAACAUCAGAGAAUCCACACUGGAGAAAAACCUUAUAAAUGUAAUCAGUGUGGAAAGACUUUUAGACAGAGCUCCAGUCUUUAUCUUCAUCAAAGAAUCCACACUGGAGAAAAAAUUUAUGAAUGUAAUCAAUGUGGAAAAACUUUCACAAAAAGGUCCACUCUUGCUAUACAUCAGAGAAUCCAUUCUGGAGAGAAAAUUUAUGAUUGUAAUCAGUGUGGAAAGGCUUUCCCAGAUAGGGCCAAUCUUGCUAACCAUGUAAGAAUCCACACAGGAGAAAAACCUUAUGAAUGUAAUCAAUGUGGAAAGGCUUUCACACAGAACUCCAAUCUUGCUAACCAUCUGAGAAUCCACACUGGAGAGAAACCUUAUGAAUGUAAUCAGUGUGGAAAGGCUUUCACACAGAACUCCAGUCUUGCUGUGCAUCAGAGAAUCCACACUGGAGAGAAACCUUAUGAAUGUAGUCAGUGUGGAAAGACUUUCAGACAGAACUCCAGUCUUGCUGUACAUCAGAGAAGUCACACUGGAGAGAAACCUUAUGAAUGUAAUCAGUGUGGAAAGACUUUCAGACAGAGGGCCUCACUUGCUCAGCAUCAGAAAAUCCACACUGGAGAGAAAUUAUAGGAAUAUAGUCACUGUGGGAAGGCUUUCAAACAUAGUUCUAGUUUUCCUCUUCAUUAGGGAAUCCACACUGGAGAGAAACCUUAUGAGUAUAACCAAUGUGGCAAAGCCUUCAAGUAACGGUUAUCCCUAAUUUCCCAUUAGCAAAUUCCUGUAAGAUAGAAAUUUUGUCACCAUAAUGAAUGAGGAAAGAUACUCAAAUGGAGUAUAGAGCUUGUUCAGCAUCAGAAAAUUAAUUUUGGAAGGAUGCCCUAUAUGGACUAAAUGGGGGAAGUCUUACUUUACAUCAGAGCAUUCAUAGUGGAGAAAAAUAUGAAUUUGCUCAGUGGGGACAUGAUUUUCUCUAGAAGAAAAAGAUCACUAGACAUGAGAAUAUUUACACUGGAAAGAAGGCUUAUAAAAGCAAUGCCUUUUGCCAAUGUCAAGGCCUUUACAUAGAGCUCAUGCUUGAUUAUAAAUUGGAGAAAUACUGGAGAUAAAACUUAUGGAUCUAGAUAAUGAGGUGAGGCCUUUUGCUGUCAUACAGACUUUUUUAGACAUCCCAAAUUUCAUAGUGUUC